AUGUCAUUGUUCAAGUCCCUUCAACACAUUCCGGGGGUGAUCACCAUCUUCCAUUUGCCGCAUAAUAAUCAAUCGAUCGAGCUCUUGAAAAUCCUCAACAAGCACCAAGUGAGUUCUGCUCCAAUAUCCACUGGAAAAUCAUGGUUAUCCAGGAUAUUUGCUUUAAAUCCUGGCCAAGAUAAGGAUAAAUCCACCAAGGCAAUCGACGAGAUCUUGUUCCGCGAUUCCGAUGGCUUGAAAGUGUCAAAUGAUUUCAAGAAUGCCCUUUAUUACAUUGAUAUUCAAAACAAAUUCCCUACCUCUCAACAAUUCAAGUUGAUUUUUGACUACGCCCGGAAGGAUCCGGAAAACUUGAAGGCUUACGAAUCAGUGUUUCCAAAACUCAUCAACAAGGAAAGUUCAGGAGCCCUAAUUUUACCCGAAUCUUCCAUUCUCAAAAAUUUGGCACUUAAACCAAUCAUUGAGGUGCCAAAAGGAUCAUUUGACGCCCCAUUAGUAGUGGACUGGCUGAAGUGUAAAAUCAGAAACGAGGCAAAAGGGUUGGAAGAAAUUCUUGAAGAGUAUAAGGCAUAA